CUCUGGGGCAUUCGCGUCUCUGAGUGAGUUGCUGGGCUUCGUUUGUCAGGACUACUAGACAUUGGUGGUAUUCGUCCCCUGCAUGUGGAACCUCUCCUUCAUGACAUGUUUGUCUGUGCUUGGGGCUACCCGAUGCUACACGGGAAGUGGGUUCGGAAGACGGCAUCGAAGAAGACGCAUCAGUUCGGAAACAACGUCUGGGAGGAGCCGGAUGUGAUGCACAUCCUUCUCAAAGGCGAGGAUCCUCGGCUACUGACUCACCCGGUGUACGAGGGAGCUGUUGCUGAAGACGACGACGCCGCUCUCCGGAGGAAACAGAAAGUGACACCCACGAAUGUGGAGGAGAAGUCUUUCAAGUCUUUGACUUUCGCGGACAUCGGAAACCUGACCCAGAGGGGGGCUCUGUACAAGGACGGCGAGCGGAAUCCGAAUCAGCACGUCUUGGUCGUGGAUGGGGACACAACGCAGCUCGAAUACACCGUGCAGUAUGUCACCCAUAAAGUGUCGUCCAAGGCUUACCCAUGCGAUUUCCACCAUGUCGUGGUCGAGCCCAUUUAUGACCCUAACAAGGACAUGUUCUUCAAGUUGACUCCGAAGAAAAGGCGCCAGGUCUACUCCUUCCUUUACGGCGAACAACCAAGGUUGAGAUUUGACCCGCAGUACGUGGUGCGGAAGGAAGUCGCCAUUGCGGUCCUCCAGGGCUACCACGGAGCGAGUCGGGCCAGCGCUGUGAGCUUCAUUAAGAGGCUGGAAUAUGUCUUUUUUAACGAGGAUGUUGUCGAUCCGGCCGACUUCACUUUGGAUAAGUACAAGCUGGCAUUCGGUGAGGAGGACGACUUCAAUAUCAAGACUGAGCAGGAGGAGAGCGUUGAGGACGACCUCUUCGAUUCGGACGGGCAAUUGGCCAUCUUCAACGCCCAAGUUUCUAAGUCGCCAUCAGUAUGCAAACCGGGGACACCUCUCGCUACACCUACCUCGGGCGGUCCCACGCCCGUGUCCUCCUCAGCGCCUGUCAAGAGGGGUGGGUUGUCCCGUCUGAGGAGUUCGCCGGGGGAGCCUAUUCAUCUCACACCACAGCCCGAACGUCUUCGACCCGGCCAUCCAGUUCCUCCGGACCAUCCGCAUCUCAAGGCUCCUGCGACUCCCUUGCACAUGGGCGACAAACACACCUUCUCCUCAGCCGAAGAUUGGGGCCAUGAUAUCGUGUGGCACCUAGACCAUUUCCAGCCAGUCCUUCUCGACGGCGAAUGGGCAGUGGCUGUGAGGGACGUAAGUGGAGGGUGGAUAUAUGACGAUCGUUGGGACCUCGAGACAUUCAAAUCUCGCGCCUACGAUGCGGUAUUGGAGAGAUUAAGUGAGGUCAAUCGAGGAAAUAAGGACGACCCUGCUCUUCGCGAAUACGGGGACACGCUAUUCGAGUUCUUGCUGUCAAAUAAAUGGCUGGAAGUGUCCUCCGCGUUCUACGCCCUUCCGUCAAGCCCGUCAAUUAAGCAAGUGAGUUGGGAGUUUCCUGGGGUCACCCCGCCGGUAGGAGUUGUGAAGCGCAAGUCUCGCAGAAAGGACGGCGACGGGAAUGGUGAAGGCGGCGGGCAACGAGGUACCGGAGGUGGAAGUGAACAGCGUUCGGCGAAACAACGGUCUCCGGGGCACGCACGCGGCGGAGAGGGGAAAAAGGGCAGCCGGGAGAAGAAGAAGCCUCGCAGCGGAGAGAAGACAAAGCAUCACAGAGGAGACGGGCAGGGGUCCGAUGUCGACCGCGAUGAGGACGGUGGGGUUCUGGCGGUAACAGGCUGCACCUCAAUGGAGACGGGGAACGACUUGAGGUCUGGGUGCAUUACGCGGCCUGGCGAGCAGGACCCUGUGAUUAGCUCCACCAGCGAAACACAGUUUGUCGAUGCGGUUGGCGGGGCGGGUGUCGCAAAGCAUGGAACAUGCUUCGCUCAGCUCCAAAAACGGUUGGCGGAUUGUCUCGGAUCAAUCCGAACCUCGGAGACGACCUUGUUGUCCAGAACUCAGUGCCUUCCGGGAAGCGAGACGACAACAUACAACGGGUCCGGCAACGACAAGCUGGAAUCGUGUAUUGUUUCGCCUCAAAAGGAAUUUCGGAUUAAUCCGAACCGCGAAGGCCAUGCCAUCGAGGGAGCACAACUGUCUACAGAACUCGAACGGGUGGUCCGGGUUUCCGAAAACCCUGGCGAUGAAAUUCGGAUUCAUCCGAACCAGGAAGCCGUGUCUGCCAUGACAGACGAUCGGUGUCAGGAUGCAGUAAUGUUGUGCGUGGCAGCCCACAAGGAGCUGCAGGCGGACUGUCGGACUGAGGGUGAGUUGGCGACCAGUUCCAAUGUCGAGCCCAACACACUCGGAGCCGAGUUAGCAGUCGUAAGCGACUCCCCGGUGAAAGCGGUCAUGUCGGCGUCAUUGGAAACUGCGGGGGCUCGGAUGAAUCCGAACCAGGGCCCUGUGAACAUCUCCCUCCCUGAUCCAUCUUUGGAGACGACUGUGAUUCAGAUUCAUCCGAGGCACACGGGCGAAGGACUUCAACUGGCAGGCGUUGAGGGUUGUCGACUACUGACGACUUUGGACAAGGACAAUUCCGCCGACGAUCGGAUUGAUCCGACACUCAGCGACGUCGGGAUGGAGCUACCAGUUCAGUCGGGAUACGACGAUCCCUUGUACUCUGCCCUUCACAACGAGGCGAUGGGGGAGGAAGUUCUGAAAAAGGCCUCUGACGCUGUUGGAAAUAGAUUUCUCUAUUUGAGUGACGACGACAAAGACACAGCCUACGGGGAUAAGAAGUUAAGGGGGGGAGAGGUGUUCUUGGACAUCCAUGGGACAUUGAGCCCAACACAAUACGACACAGUGGCAAUGGAGAAAACACAACCUGUCGAUGUUGUGGACGUCGACGAUCUUUGUCCGGAGACGAAUAUACCGUCUACGGUCAUCGACGCCGACAUCUCGAGCCUGUCAAGUUUCCCUGUGGGUUUGGAGCACGUCGUCGCUGCGUCGACGCGCGCAGGGGUGCCAAUCGUGCUGGGACUGUCGUCGGUGGGCUCUGGUGAAGUGGUAGCUAGGCCUGGUAAGCACUGACUUUCUCUGCUUUCUUCCCGCUCGUCAGCCCGUUCGUGAAGUGUUGUUUGCUUCGUCGAUUUUGGGGAGGUGUAUAGGCGGCCACCAACUG